CGAGAGCCCUCAUCAGCUGGGCGAGCGAAGCGAGUUUGAGCACAGACGUAGAGAGAGAGAGAGAGAGAGAGACAAGUGGCGAGCAUUCCGCGACCUUGCAACGUCCUUCUCUUGACACUUUGGGGUUUUGGUACACGGGCGAACGGUAUCGACGGCGGCCCGACACGGGCCCGACCACUACUGCUCUGGCGCUUUCACAGGGGGCCGCGAUUGAUCUGGGGAGUCUUUGCCAAAGCGACGUCCGCAGCGGAACAUCUUUCGAGUGCCUCCUCCGUGUCCAGGGUGCCACGCUGCCACCGAAAAAAACACACACCCACACACACUCACAGCACAGUACAGCAGCGGACAUUCCCUGUGGCCGCUAGCGUGCAGUACGCGAGCAGCGUAGACACAGCGCUUGGUUGGAAGUGGUCAUCCCAAAAAUCUUUUGGCAAGAGCAGGAGCUCCUCCUCCCUGCCCAAAAACGCUUCCCAAAGAGCCGAAAGACCCUUCUUUGGGGUCGAUCAUCGGUUUCGGCAACGACCACCACGGACAACCCGUGUAGUACCCACAACCGUUUCAUUUCUCGAUCCAAGUGGCCGACGAUUGAUUGCAUCAGAGCAGGCAGAGGUGAAUUAGUUUUGGUUCGCGUUCAGUCAGCCACACACACACACACACGCAGACCACGUGCUGCUCGAGUGUGAUGUCCUCGCCAGGGGGAUGAUGAUUGUGGCAAAUUGUAACAUUGUGUCGUCGUCGUUGGCGCGCAAAUUGAACGAAUCUUUUUUAAAGUGCCCUCACAGUGCCUGUGUGUUUGUGUGUGUGUGUGUGUGAAAAUGUAACGGUACCAAUACCAUCACUGUAGAUUCGUCUAAGCUCGCAGGACCUUCCCAGACUGUUGGUGUAAUAUCAGUCCCACGCAUUCCGUUGUCUUGUGACCUCUUUCAAGCAGUGGAAGGACAAAGUUGUGUCUGCGUUUGUAUGCGUGUGAACAUUUGGUGUGCUACAUUGGGCUACUUCGAUCACACAAACACACUCACCAACGACAGCACCCUUGGGCUGUACGCGCACCUUUCUGGAAGGAUAGCAUCGCACGGCUAUCCUCUGUCACAGGAAAGGUUUGCGUUAGCCACCGUCCACCGGGGGACGGCAGAAGCAUCUCGUUUGCGCGUCUCUGUACUCAAGAGGCUCACCAGAUUGCUGCGCCCCCUUGUUCCGGGAUCGCCCUUGGGUUCCGCGGAUGAUCGUUAUGGUGUGGCUGUGUUGUCGUGUGGUUGGUUGGCGGCGAGUGAUCCUCCGUUGAUCCGGUCAGUGAGUGUGUGCUGCCGAUGGUGCUAAAGUGUUAAUUCUUCAAGAGCUAAAGCAGAGAAAAACGGUGAAACAGUGGAGUGGUUGGUGGAGGUGCUCGAAAGAUAGAUACGAAUAGCCGAAGUAGUGUGUAGUGUGUGUGUGUGUGUGUAAUAUUGUGCACAACAGGAGCGAAAAUGCAUAGGCACUUUGUGCUCACUGAGCAGUGUACGACGCCGCUGUUCGUAGUGGAACCGUGUCUGUCAUCGACACGCCAAACGCAGCCGGCCCCCGAGUGGCGCCCACUUUGGCGACGACAGCGUCCUGCACCACCAGCGGCCGACUACGACUACGACCAGCACAACUCUACCGCAGACUGCUGCGGCACAGCGCGAACACUACGACCCACGAACUCACGAACGACCCUGACCGGGGGUUUUGCAGUCGAGCAGCUGAUCCGGCAUCUGUUUGGCGCCGAUCAGCCCACCAUCAUCGUCACGGUGACAGCGAUCGUUAUUGGACUGCUUAUAGAGCUACGAUUACAUGAAGCUUGGUCACUCUACGCCUGGGGGUGGAUCAUUUUGAUCAGAAACUGCCUUGCUUCCAUGACCACACCGGGCGAUCCGUCUGCGACUGGACCUGACAGACCGUGCGGGAUCACCGCACUGCUCCCGAUCGGUAUGUCUUGCCGGAGCCGUGCCGAAGCCUUCGCCCGGAGCUUGCAGUCACGCCUACGAAAUCUUGGCUCCCAGGGCAGCACCGGUGAUGACGACGAUGAGGACGAGAGCCAACUUACGGCAGCGGACGAUCGGCACACGGAAAACACCUGGCUGUCGGCGGCAAACACUACCGACCAGACGGGCGUAACGAGCCUUCAGCCGCUACGCUCCCUGGUGGUGCCCAACAGUGCCGAGGCCGAUUCCUGCUUCGACUUUGGCCUGGAGGUGGAAAGCCCUAGCUCGCCGGUCGAAGAAUGCGAGUACACACGUUUAAUCGAAACGGCAACGGCCACACCGACGGGAUUGCCCUUGACCACCGCACCAGACGCUAAAGACCCAACGACCGUUGUUCAGCAGCAGCAGCAACAGCCGCAGGCACCCGAAUCGGGCUACGUUUGUUCCUCUCCCUGCUCCACUCCCCAGGGUUCUGCGGCCAGCAGCCACAGCAGCUCGUCCGACUGUCAGUUCUACGAUCCGGACAGCUCCGAUCCGGAGCAGCGAUCGGUCAAUAGCGGUUGCGAGUACUACGACUGCACGAUACCGGCAUCACCACCGGCUUGCGCAUUGCGCACGACCGUGCAGCACCAAACCGUCGAAAGUGCCACCGUGGCCAGCGCUACCUCACCGACCAACCCGUUCACCGCACUGCUUCACUCUAGUCAAACGGCCAACGGGCACGCGGUGCCGGUCGGGGGGUAUAUUGCGGCCACCGCCGACAGUGACAGCUGCUCCGAAUCGUUGCCACCGUCCCAGUCGACCGAAUCGAACCACUCGACGUUUACGGGCAUGAGCUCGAACUCGAACAGCACGCUGCAGGACGUGACGAUGGAACCGCUGGAGGAGGAGGAGGGCGUGCACACGACUCCGGGGACGGAUGUGCCGGACAGCCGAACAGCCGUGCUUGGCAACGGGCAUGCGAUAAUGCCGCGCGGCACCGUCGUGAUCAAUGCGGACACGGAGCUGGAGCGGCUAAGAAGCCACGGCAUACAGUACGAGGAGGACAUUGAGCCACAGGACGGGCGGGCCGGUGAGCAGCACAGUACUGGCUGCCAGGGUGCCACCACCAUCGAGCUGGCGGAGGUGGAGAAAAUACUCAAAGAUUGUACGACAAUCGUGAACAAUGAUCACGAACAGCAGCUGCAACCGAAACGGAACGAUCGCGCCUCGAACCGGUUCAACGACAGCAACGAGUACGACGAGGAGGACGACCGGAAGCACGGUGGGGGCCGCCGGGCGACCAUGUCAUCCGGCGAUGAGGACGAGGAGGAAAGCAAACCGCAACGCAUCCGGCGCUGUUCGUCGCUCAAAACGGGUAAAACGCCGCCGGGCACACCGGGCCGGAAGAAGAUCGUCCGCUUUGCGGACGUGCUCGGGCUCGAUCUGACCGACGUGCGGACGUUCAUGGACGAGGUGCCGAAGGUGCCACAGUCCGCGUACGAGGAUCUUACCAUCGUCACGGCCGCGGAGCAACCGAUGCCGGAAAUCAUUAGCCUCGGGCCGAAGGCGGACCGUGUGCUGGUGCCGCUGUUUCAGCAGCCGGGCGCCCUGCCCUGCUUUCUCGACCGGGUGCGCGAGAAGCAGGUGAACCUGGAGAAUGCGGCCGUCACCGAUCCGAUCACGCUCACCAUCACCGGCACGGUGCGCGUGCGCAAUCUCGACUUCCACAAGUCGGUGUACGUGCGGUACACGCUGGACAACUGGCGCAGCUACGCCGACCUGCAGGCGGUGUACGCGGAGAACUCGUGCGACGGCUUCUCGGACAAGUUUAGCUUCACGCUGCACGGCAACUCGGUGCAGGUCGGGCAGCGGAUCGAGAUGGCGAUCCGGUUCCACUGCCGGGGGGAGCAGUUCUGGGACAACAACUACGACACCAACUACGUCUUCCAGUGCCUGCCGAUCACGCAGCCGACGCCGAUGAUCGCGAGCCGGCUGCCGCUCGUAGGCAGCACACCGUCCGCCGCCCUCAACUCCGAGCCGGCCUGGUGUAGCAAUUUCUACUAAGCGAAAGAGAGCAAGGACAGUUGAAAUUGCAGGACAAAAAGGAAGGAAUAUCUUUGUGCCAUCCCGUCGCCCAAACGCGACACAAAAACGGAUCGGCUACCGAUCGGACUCGUCGGGUCGUAGAGUAUUAUAGAGCAAAGAAGCAAAGAGCGGAGAGGAAUUUAAAACAAAAAACAGAAAAACAAAUAAUUCGAAUUUUUAUCACACCGAUCGAGCGAGGACACAAUCCCCCCUCCCUACCGACCGAAAAUUAAUAUACUCACCGACAGAGACACACUCUUAGCAACAAAGUACCAAAGUUAGGAAGAAAAAAGAAAGCAAAUGCGACACAAAAACAGACACAAAAUAGUGUGCUUAGGGUAGGAACAAAAAAAUGAAAGCAAAAAUAAAAUGUGAAAAAUGAAAUUAAGUAAAAAAAGUAGAGAAAAAGCACGAAAGUAAACCUCACCACUGGACUCGAAGUUUUUAGUAAAGUAUUGAGUUCAAAGGAAUACAAAUUUUCCUCAAACAAUUAAACACACACAAAAACACGUGCGUAGCCGAAGGCAAUCCCCCUAUUAAAGAAAGCUUUAGUAGUGUUAAACUCAGUUCCCAGAUGAGACAAAUCUUAGUGAAACAGGAAAA